GACGGAAUCUGCUUCAAAGCUAUAUAAUUUCAGCAAGUCAUACUUCCAAUUCAAAGGAUUCCACCUCAGAUGGUGGGAAAAGAAAAAGCUGGUUUAAUUCAUCUCCUGUUUUAAACAAAGUAAAAGAAACAUCAUGAUCACUUAUGGGGAAAGAUUUUUGUUACUGGGUGCAGUCAUGGCAUUGACAAUAAUAGUUGGAUGCUCAUCCUCAACAACGGUGACUGAGUACUCUCCUGAAAACCCUGACACACUCAAGGGAUUUGAAGAGUAUAAUGACACAACAGAUAACAGUUCAGAGAUAGCUCGUGCUUUAGAAAUUCAUAGUCCGUGUACUGAGGAUGACCAGAGCUUCUGUAUAAAUGGCAUUUGCAGUUACCAGAGAGAACUCAAUACACCAACUUGCAGAUGUCUUAAAGACUACACUGGAGAAAGAUGCCACCAUCUGCUUUUGGAUUCUCACACAGAAGAAGUCCAUGAAAGAUGUAUCGCCAUUGGAGUUGGCAUUUUUUUGCUGAUUGGUGGCACAAUGGGUAUUCUCUACUGUUGUAUUAGAAAAAGAUACAAGAAACAAAAGUCCCCAUACCAGAUAUGUCUUCCAGACAGCACAGUAUGAAGACAUAGAAGGGGAUGCUGGCGAACAACAAUUGGUGUAAAAUCCUCAGCUCAUCUCAAUAGGUUUUGACAUGGCCAGGUUUACAAUGUUAUAUGACUUUUGAUUUUUAAAGGAUCUACAAAGCUCCUGACAUAGACUAUUUGUGACAGCUCUUUGAAAGUAUGUCUCUCUAAACAAAUGAUGUGUUCAACGGGAGGGAAGGGAUUCAGGAGUUUUGACCCAUGGAGUUAUUCUCCAUUAGUUUAUAAGAGCUCUACAGCAUUAUUUAUUAUGAAACGGACUGUUAGAAUGCUUCAUGAUGAUUGGUCCAUCAGUGUUCCAAGCAAUGUUAUGAUUUAGGAACUACUAAGGAACAAAGGGAAAUCACUGCACCUGUGCUAACCACAUAUCACUGCACCACCAAAAUCAAAGAAAACAUCUGUCAAAAUACCUGCUGUCAUGGAAGAUACUGAGAAAUUAAAGUGUCUUGUCAUAUGUUCCAGUUUAUAAUCAUUUGCACUAUGAAUAAGUUAGCUAUUUUAAACAAGACGCUGUGUGGGUAUUUUAUUUGUAGUACAUACCACUCAUUUUCUGUAACUUCAGCUGUCAGAUAUUCAGUUUUAUUUUCCUCCUUUUAGUUGGUAUCAGCCAUCAUUUUGUUAUACUGACUCCGUUAAUUUUUAACUGUACAUUUUAAUGUUUUUUGAUGCUAUUUACAUUACUACUUGCAAUGUCUUAACCAACUGAUUUGCCUUUCUUCACUGCCUCUCUUCUCCUUUACUUCUGCGCACUCAGUCUCUUUACAGGCACAAACAUGUAACAUUGGUUUCCAUGCAUGUUUUUUUUUUAGCUUGAAAAAUAUCUAGUGUAAAAUGUUUUUUGGGGGGUUUGCAUUUGCUCAGU